AUGUUGGUGAGACAUUUUGAUAAUCAGUACAAUGCAGGACCAAUAACAAUUGAUUUGAAUCUUUUUAACAACUUUCUACCAAGAAUCUCGAGCAAUAGAUGCAUGGAACUCAUGAGGCCACCGUCAAAUGAGGAAAUCCACAAAGCCCUACUAAGCAUUGGCUCUGAGAAGGCACCGGGCCCGGAUGGUUACACAAGUAAGUUUUUCAAGGAAUACUGGGACUUAACCAACCCACAAAUUUUUGAGUUAGUCCAUAAUUUCUUUGAGAACGUAGAACUAUAUGCACCUUUUAAUCAUACAACCAUCACUUUAAUCCCCAAAAAUGAUGCACCUUCAAACCCAAAUGAGUUCAGACCAAUUGGUCUCUGCAAUGUGGUCUACAAGAUUAUCUCAAAGCUUCUUGCUGAUAGAUUAAGACCUAUCCUCCAAUUCAUGAUCAUCCCAUACCAGAGUGCCUUUGUUCCGAAUAGGGCCAUACAUGAUAAUAUUGAUAUCGCAACAGAACUGUUCCACCACAUUCGACAAUCGGCCAGUACCAACAACCCCAAGAUUGCUCUGAAAUUAGACAUUAAAAAAGCUUAUGACAGCCUCGACUGGGGUUUCAUCAGACUCUCUUUGAAAGCUCUUGGAUUUCCACCAAAAUUCAUUGAUCAUAUUAUGGUGUGCAUCACAACGGUGAAUUACUCGGUAAAUGUUAACGAAUCUCUACAUGGUAAGAUUAUACCCAAAAGGGGUCUCAGACAAGGGGACCCCUUGUCCCUUUACAUCUUCAUCCUUUGUGCAGAGAUAUUAUCAACAAAUUUGGCGAGAUUGGAAGAGGAAGGCAAGAUGAAACGUCUGAAAAUUUCGAACAACAAUCUUCCUAUACUUCACCUCAUGUAUGCUGAUGACCUACUGAUAACUUGUGCCGCGGAUACGGAAACUUGCAACAACCUCAAUAGCAUCCUUCAUUCGUAUACCACUUCGGCAGGGCAAUUAAUAAACACCCAAAAAUCUGUCCUCAUCCACCACCCACACCUGAACACAAAUUCCUUAGAAAGACUGAAAAAUUCCUUCAACAUUCCUACAACUCCCAACCCUCCAAAAUAUUUGGGAAUCUGUUUCAAAGAAGGGAGGAAUUCUUCACAAAUCUUUGCUCAACUUCUACAAAGAAUGGAACGAAAGGCUAAGGGAUGGAUCUCAAAAUGCGUCAACCAGGCGGGCAGACGGAUGCUCAUCAAUACAUCACUAAUCCCCACUGCAAAUCAUGUAAUGCAAACCAGGCUCCUUCCAGUCCAUGUGCACCAGAAAAUGGAUAAGAUUGCAAGGAAUUUCUUCUGGGGACAUGAGAGCGACACCAGGAAACUACAUGUAUUGGGUAGAGAAAAACUAAAUCUUCCGAUAGGCAAGGGCAGACUAGGCAUCAGAAACACAAGAAAACAUAAUUUUGCGCUUUUGGGCAAAAGAGUUUGGCAAAUCCAUUCGGAGCCAAACACCAUCUGCAACCGCAUGUUCAGAGAUAAGUAUCUUCAACAUCAAUCAAUCAUUAGGCCCAUGCAAAAACCACCAGACUCUACUAGUGCGUCUUGGAAAAACAUUCAUAAGGUGGCGGAUUUCGUUCAACGGAACACUGCUGUCAGACUGGGGGAUGGAAACUCCACAACAAUCAAGGAGAAUUGGAUACCUGGGAUUACCAACGUGAAUAUCCCAACAACUGUGGAAAAUGAUUUGAGAAUACUACAAACUUUGAAAGCAAAUUUCCCCCAGAAAAUCAGGCUUUUCCUAUGGAAAGUCAUCCAUCAUGGUUUAACAACCUUCGAAUCUCUUCAUAGACGCAAUAUCACUAGCACGGCUACUUGCCCAAUCUGCAACCAGCACCGAGAAUCGACUCAACACUGCCUUUCCGAAUGCAACGAAGCAAUACAAGUCUGGAAUCUGCUAGGUGAACACAUCAAUAGAGGAUACAGUUCACAAAACCCAUACAAUGGACUGCGGCUCCCACCACACCCAGCACCAAAUAUUAUUUUCCAACAUACUUUUGGAAAACAACAAGCAGUACACAGACAUCAAAUAAACACAGCUACAAGGACUUCUAUACGCACUAACGUUCCUUUCAACCCUCCAAGAAAUUUCAAUGAGUUCAUAAAGAAAGCAGAAACAAAAACAGAGUUCACUAUCUGCUGCUACACCAUUUGGAAUAUCUGGCUGGCAAGAAAUGAUAGAGGCUACAAUAACAAGGUCCAAUCCCUAAGGCAAACUCUCCAGAUUUCUCUACUUCUUAGCCAAGAAUUCGAGUGGGCAACAAAACAUAAACUUCACCAGGUCACAGAGGCGGCACAGCAACAAACAAAUCGACGCAACGACCGGCCAUCUAAUAUUGUAUGGGUAAAAUGGACACCACCACCACCAAACUGGAUGAAAGUCAACACUGAUGGUGCUAGUAAAGGGGAAACAGAUGGAGCUCCGAAAUUUGCAGGUGCAGGUUGGAUCUGUAGGAAUCCACAAGGAAAGGUGGUUAUGGCCAUGGCUACGCCCCUGGGCAUAGCAAAUGCACUAGUAGUUGAAACAUGGGCCUUCCUACUGGCAACAAGAACUUCGGUUCAAAAAAACUGGGUCCAAAUUCAUUUCGAAGCGGACUCAAAGACGCUGGUUAGCCUUAUCAAUGGAAAAGAGGCCACAACAACACCAUGGAUCAUCCACACUAUGAUCAAGGAAAUCCAAAGCCAUCUACAACAAAUUGGAUCCUACACUAUCACUCACAUCUACCGAGAAAUGAAUCAAGCUGCAGAUGGAUGGGCGAACCUUGCGAACCAACAACAAAUACAGUUUCUAUUCUGGGAAGAAGAAGAAAAUGAUUUGACCAUGUGCAGUACCAGGAGAAACAAAAUUCAUCUUUGGUUCCUUGAUGCGUUUAAUUAUGCUAUUGCAAUCAAGAUGGAUCUUCUGAAUUUGAUUUCUAAAGAAUGGGAAGCAGAAAGAGGUCAGGGGAUAACUUACAUGUGA